CAUCCAACUCGGGUCUCUCGCUCUUUCUUGGUUUCUCUUGUGAUUGGUCCCUCUUUACCUUCUACAUUCACGUCCGUCGCUGCUGUCGACGCUUACUUUACGCUCGCGUUCCCCUUUUUGUUUCACGAGCAGUGCUGACUCGCGAUAGACUUCAGCCAGCCUGAGCAUUGAGAACGAUACAAAACUUGUGGCUACCAGCGCAUUGUUUACUCCCGCAAACGAAUGUCGCAGUGUACUCCGAUUCCUACAGCGACCCAGUAUACGACUGUCGUCUCGAACUCUGAGUCGACGUCGUUCUCAAAUUCGAUCACUACUUUGCCUGCAUCCGUGACCACGAUCACCAGUGAAUCAUGCCUUUCCACUGCCACAGUGAGCAAUUCGACCACAUGUGUCUCUUCCACAGUCGUUGAGUCAGUCAGCACCAUCGCUGGUGGUGAAACCAGCACUGUCCAAGUCCCCGUCGUCUUGACCAUUCCCGUGACGCAAACUUCCGCAACCGCAACCCUUUAUUCCACUUCGUGCGCUAAUACCGGUAAUGGAUCAUCGCCGCCUCCAUCAUCCGCUCCGCAGACGACCACUCACCUACCUGAGAGUUCCACAACUACCUCUGUUCUUUCCACCUCGACCCCGCUUACAACUUUGACAACCAGUCAAGCCACUACGCUAUCAGAUGGAUCUGUGAGCUAUACUAUCCUCACCAUCACGUCCACGGGUAGCCCGACCGCGGUAUAUGUACCUACUACAUUACCUGCGACGAGUCUGUCAGACGGAAACGGCGGCAGCCAUCGUAAUGUGGCAUUAGCUCCUAUUAUAGGUGGUACCAUCGGUGGUGUCGUAGGGUUGAUAUCAAUUAUCGGGAUAUUGUGGCUAAUAUGGCGAAGAAGGCGAUACAACUUCGACGAUCUAUUCGACGAUGGUCCUGAAGAUACUGUAGCAUAUCCCGUCCGCCGGAACAAGUCACGCAACCUCGACCUUGCCAGUGAAGCGGAGCCUAAGCCAUAUCAAUACGGCCUUGUUGGUCGCUCCACCCCUCCUUUAUCAGCCCAUGACCACGCGGAACCCAACACAGCUCCAUUAGCGAAUUCACCGCCUCUAGCCCCUCGUACGAAUAACACAUCCCCAACUGGCCACGGACGAAAUGGAUCACUGGCACCUCUCAUGAUGCCUGGGACUGCGUUAUCUCCAGGUCCGAGCCAACCACAGACUGCAUCAUCACGACCAUCCACGUCUGGUUCCAUGCAGCCUUUGAUCCAAGCUUCGCAGCAGCACGCACAUCCGCCGCAUACGCCCGGCGUAGACAGCGCGCUGUCGGAUUGGAACCCCAAUACGGACGGGCUGGGCAUAGGUUCUGACUUGGGACAUGGGCUGGGCACUGAGGGUACGGCGGUGAGUGCGCAGGAGCACCGGCGGCGCUUACAGGUGGCGAAUCCGGAGCAGCGUCCGAUGUCGCCUGCGUCGACGAUGUCCGGGGCCGGACCGGAGUCACCUCGAGGCGAGAAGGCCACCUACCGGCCGAGGAGGGAGUCGGCGAAUGUGGUCGUACAUAAGGAUGGUGGGAGAGUUGUGCGCUCCCCGGAGCCCGGCCCUUCAGGAUCGGGGUCAGGUUUAGGUACAGGUCAGGCUCCCACCGAUGCGCCGCCUGCGUAUUCGGAUUAGGGAGGAUGAAUUCAGUGUGCUUUGUUUUCCCUGGUGGUUUCUAUCUUCGGCUUGGGCAGCGCUACGGACCCGUUCCUUAUCUAUCUGCCUGUCAAUGUGCCCCUCAUUAUGCUUUAUAUUCAGCCAACGCCACAUCCCCUUGCAUGUUCCCGUUGGCAUUCUUGUCAGCUCAUAGCGCCGUUGUUCAUUCCCAACAAUGGACUUAAGGCAUGUCAACCAACCUCUGUCAUUACCAUAGCUUUUCAUCAGUAGUUCACACCGCAAGGAUAGACUUUGUAGUCAUAGUCCUUCAGUCAUGUCUUAGAUUCCACCGUCUGAAAAUGUAUAUUUGGGCUGCCACGUUCAGAGCGG